GCUUUCAUGUCCACCGUUUGCUGUGAAAAGGCAACUUUGUCGAUUGCGAUCUCUUCAGCGUUUGCCGCGGUCAGACAACUUCAGCGAUUUCUCUUUCAAUCACUCAGGUCUGUUCAUCAAGUUGUCUUCUUGAAUUUUGCAAGUUUUAGAUCUUCGCCAACUCUUUCUUUGACCCACUUCCCUUCCUCUGAUAUACUUUUAAAAAGUUUGAAAAUUAGACUGCACCUCUUGAAUUACCUUUCCAAUUCAAGACCAGGAGAUAGAUUUUUUAUUUUUAUUUUUAUUUUUAUUUUUAACCAAGAGAUAGUUUGGAAGCAAAGGAAAUAUGCCUGCCUUUGUUUCCCUUGUCCUGUUGUCCAAACGUAGAUUAUAUAACAAAUGUUGCAUUCACCAGAAUAUCGGUAUUGCGUCUACGGGGAUUAGUGUAUUGGUCAGCCUAUUACAACUAAGAUUCCAAUCAGCGAAGCAACCCCCUUUCGAGACGCACAGGCUCCACUUCAUUGCAUUUUUCAUUGUCAUCCUCAUCUUUGCCGUAUUACUGCGAAUCGGAAUCAAACUCGAAGCUACCGGUUCAGGCUGCCCAGCGAUUUUGAGCACGGUCUGCCUCUCCAUCGGAUAUCUGAGUCUAAUCCCGCUGCUUUGGAUCAUCGAGCCUUUUAUUGGAUGGACGGCACUUAUCGUAUGGUUCUUCUUCUUUGUAAAGUGCGGUUGCGAAUCCUACGAAGAGCUGCGGGAUUCAAUUGUGGCUGCAGUUGGGCGUGCGACUAGCUUUCUGAAAGCCCUAUUCAACCGCAGUCGCAAUCAGAACGAAGAAGCAAACAUAUCUACUAAUGUUUAAGCCAAGGCGGUGUUCAAAAAGCUGCAGAUUGACAGAAUUAAGAGGUGUUGCUCAGUUCAUUUUGGAUUUCACCAUUCUGUUGCUCAUUGCUAUCUGGGUUAAUUCGGAGUUUGGAUGCUGAUCGAAUCUGGACGUGCCUUUAAUUCCACUUGAAAACGGGGUUAUGUUGUGCUGAUCAGGAAAGAAAAAAAAAAAAAAAAAAAAAAAAGAAAGAAAAAAAAAGAAGAAAAAAAAAUUGAAAAAAAGAAGAAAGAAGAAGGGCGUCACGUUGCCCUACUGCUUUUAAUUUGGAUUGGUUUUCCUUUUUGUACAGUCAAGUCAACAACCGGUGUGCGCUUUGACGUUGAUUUGUUGAUAGUAAUGGUAAUAGUAAUUAGUAAUGGUUUUGGUUUUCAUUUUUGUAUAUUCAAGUUUCUUUUAAGUAUUCAAAAAGCAGCAUUUUUCAUAAAAAGGAAAGGUUUUAAAUUUAAGAGAGAAAAAUGUAAUUAUACCAACCCACAGACCUGAAACGAAAAUGAAAAUGCAUCACAAAGCAAUUGACAGUCAAGCAUGUACUCUCUGCAUUCCUAUUUAUUUACUCGGACUAACUAGUUUUUAACCAUCUUUUCAUUGCACGUAACUUUAGUCAAUACUUU